CUCGCGGCUCUCCCCUCCCGUGGUCUCCAGGCAUGCUCUUCUCGCUGGCCUGUAGCGUGCCGCUGGGCCUGCAGUGUGCGCCAGGUGCGCGCUCCGUCGCAGGCCUGCCCUUUGGCGGCUUCGCCCGCUCGAGCGCCGAUCUCGUUGUGCGGCGAGCUCCGCCUCCUGGCAUGGAGGUGAAGCAGUCGACAAUCACGAUGCCCGCGCUGUCGUCGACGAUGACCGAGGGCAAGAUUUCGAGCUGGCUGAUGGGUGUGGGCGACAAGGUGGACGCGGGAGACAUGGUGCUCGUCGUCGAGUCUGACAAGGCCGACAUGGACGUCGAGUCGUAUGAGGAGGGCUACAUUGCAAAGAUCCUCGUCGGCGAGGGCGAGACGGCCGACGUUGGUGCGCCGGUCGCAAUCAUCGUCGAGAACGAGGCGGACAUCGCCUCGGUCUCGGAGGGCAAGAUAUCGAGCUGGCUGGUGGGCGUGGGCGACAAGGUGGACGCGGGCGACAUGCUUCUCGUCGCGGACAUGGACGUCGAGUCCUUUGAGGACGGCUACGUCGCAAAGAUCCUCAUGGCGACCCCCGCCGCCAAGAAGCUCGCCAAGUCCAAGGGCCUCAAGUGGGAGCAGAUCCCUGGCUCGGGCAACUUCGGGCGCGUCACCGUCGACGACGUCCUCGUCGCUGCGGGCGAGGCACCGAAGGCGGCGCCCGGCGUCGACCUCUCGACUGUGGUCGGCACCGGCCCGGACGGACGCAUCGUCGCCGAGGAUAAGGCGGUAGUCAAGAACAUGGCGUGGGCCGACAGUGUGCCGACGUACACGGUCUCGCGGCAGAUCGUGACGGACGACUUCGACGCGCUGUACGCGCAGCUCAAGCCCAAGGGCGUCACCGUCUCUGCGAUGCUCGCCAAGGCGGUCGGCCUCGCGCUCGCCAAGCACCCGAUCAUGAACUCGAACUACGUCGAGGACGGAAUCAGCUACAACUCGGACAUCAACGUGGCGAUGGCGGUGGCGAUGCCCGACGGCGGGCUCAUCACGCCGGUGCUCAAGAAUGCCGACACGACCGACAUCUACUCGCUCGGCCGCGCGUGGAAGGACCUGGUCCCGCGCGCGAUGGAGGGCGCGCGCUCUCCGCCGACGCCUUGGAAGCUGUCGGCCGACGAGUUCUCGACGGGCACCUUCACAAUCUCCAAUCUGGGCAUGUUCGGCGUCUCGCAGUUCGUGUCCAUCCUGCCGCCGAACACGGGCGCCAUCCUCGCGGUGGCCGCCUCGGCGCCGACGGCGGUGCUGCAGAAGAACGGCAUGAUGGGCAUGGCAAAGGUGAUGACGGUGACCAUCACGUGCGACCACCGCAACAUCUACGGCGCCGACGCGGCCAAGUUCCUCAAGGACCUGGCGCGCAUCAUCGAGGAGGAGCCGCAGUCGCUGCUCUUCUAG